GUCCGCCCUUCUCAAUAUGGCGUCCUCAGUCGGCCAGUGACGUCAGUAAAGAGCGACGCAAGGCUGCUCCACUUGGGGGCGCCAGUGUGCUGCCCGUUUCAUAAGCAGCAGGGAAAGAGGAGCCGAGUAAGUGAGGUGUAGUCGUGGUGUAAAGGACAGAGUGUGAUUCCUGAUUAGUGAAAAAAACAAACAAACACUGAACAACAUCACCAAACAGUGUCGUUGUCAUGUCGCUGACAGGAAGGUCCGUGUGCCUGCUCGGUGCUGUAAGGCGCAGUAUCUGUAUUGGCGCAGUGAGGUCACAGGGCACGGCAGCCACGCAAUCAGGUGUACGUGCAGAAAAAGAUCAGAAAAAUGCAAAGUCCCGGGUGCAGUUUGAUUGGCGAGAUGCUUUGUGUCUUGAUGCCCAAUUGACGGAGGACGAGCUCAUGAUACGAGACAGCUUCCGGUCGUACUGCCAGGAGAAACUGAUGCCACGGAUUACCAUGGCUAAUCGCCAUGAAGUAUUUGACAGGGCGAUUAUAUCGGAGAUGGGAGAGCUUGGUGUCCUGGGAUCUACAAUUAAAGGUUACGGCUGUGCCGGGACGUCCUAUGUGGCGUAUGGGCUGCUGGCGAGAGAGGUGGAGAGGGUGGACAGCAGCUAUCGCUCCGUGAUGAGUGUUCAGUCCUCACUGGUAAUGCAUCCAAUAUAUGCCUAUGGGUCAGAGGAACAAAAGCAAAAAUACCUGCCAGGACUAGCAAGAGGAGAGCUGCUGGGAUGUUUCGGUCUCACAGAACCAAAUCAUGGCAGUGACCCUGCUGGAAUGGAAACAAGAGCUCGACAUAACCCAACCAGCAAAACCUACACACUCAACGGAUCCAAAACUUGGAUCACAAACUCACCCAUUGCCGACCUCUGUGUAGUUUGGGCGGUGUGUGAAGAUGGCAAAGUCCGGGGUUUUUUGAUAGAGAGAGGAACCAAGGGUCUGUCAACCCCCAAAAUAGAGGGAAAGUUCUCUCUACGGGCUUCUGCCACCGGAAUGAUCCUGAUGGAAGAUGUGGAAAUUCCAGAAGAAAAUCUGCUUCCCCAUGUGUCAGGAAUGGGGGGACCCUUCGGCUGUCUGAAUAAUGCCCGCUAUGGCAUUUCCUGGGGUGCUCUGGGUGCUGCAGAGUUCUGUUUCCAUGCAGCACGACAGUAUACAUUAGAUAGGAUUCAGUUUGGAGUGCCGCUUGCCAGGAACCAGCUCAUACAGAAGAAGAUGGCAGACAUGCUGACAGAGAUUACCAUUGGUCUGCAGGCGUGUCUGCAACUCGGACGUCUGAAAGAUGAGGACAAAGCUACUCCAGAAAUGAUCUCUAUUCUCAAGAGGAAUUCAUGUGGAAAAGCUCUGGACAUUGCCCGCCAGGCCCGGGAUAUGCUGGGAGGUAACGGAAUCUCUGACGAAUACCAUAUCAUCAGACAUGUCAUGAACCUGGAAGCCGUGAACACGUAUGAGGGUACGCAUGACGUGCACGCAUUAAUCCUCGGACGGGCGAUUACAGGACUGCAGGCGUUCACUGUGGGCAAAUAACUGUUCUGCUCCAGACCCUGUAGACACACAGUGUGGUGCUGCAAUGGUUACUGAAUGUACUAAUGACGCUCCAGACAGAGCUCCGAGAUUCUACAGUAGUGUUGUAUACUGGGAAAUCCUGCUGGGGAUAAAGAAUGCUUUUCUGUGAAUAGUUACAUUAUCUUUUAUUUUAAAACGUUGCACAAGACAUAUUUAGAAGUAGGGACUUAAUUUCAGAUGUUCCCUACAGUCACAUAGUAAUUUCUCCUUAUAAACUGCAACCCGUCCUUUCUGUUCGCUCUCUGCAGUCACCCAAUAAUUUCUCCUGGUAAAUUGUAACCCGUCCCUUCCUUUCUGAUCUCUCCCUGCAGUCAGCCGAUAAUUUCUCCUGGUAAACUGCAAUCUGUCCCUUCAUUUCCAUUAUUUUUUUUCCAUGUGCUUUGUAACUGAUUUAAUUUUACUACUUUCUAGAUAAAACUUAAUUCCCUGUCCAGAUAA